AGUGAUGCCUUUCCGCUCUUUUUUCAGGGUGCAAUUCUUCCUUAGACAAGAUGUCUCACCAGAAAAAGCAGCCCACCCCCUACCCUCCAGUGGUUUGUAAGACCUCUGGUGGUGGCGGCGGCGGCGGCGGCUCCAGCUGCGGUGGUGGCGGCGGCGGCGGCGGCGGCGGCUCUAGCUGUGGAGGCGGCUACUCCGGUGGCGGGUCCAGCUGCGGUGGCGGCUACUCCGGCGGCGGUUCCAGCUGCGGCGGUGGCGGCAGCUCUGGAGGAGGUGUCAAGUACUCAGGCGGCGGCGGCGGAGGCGGCGGCGGCUCCAGCUGUGGAGGCGGCUACUCCGGCGGCGGUUCCAGCUGUGGAGGCGGCUACUCUGGCGGCGGUUCCAGCUGCGGUGGCGGCGGUAGCUCCGGAGGAGGNNGCGGCGGCGGCGGCGGCGGCGGCUACUCUGGCGGCGGCUCCAGCUGUGGAGGUGGCGGUGGCUCCGGAGGAGGCAGCAAGUACUCCGGUGGAGGCGGCGGCUCCAGCUGCGGCGGAUACUCUGGAGGCGGCUCCAGCUGCGGCGGCGGCUCCUCCGGGGGCGGCUACAGCUGCGGCGGCGGCUCCUCCGGCGGCGGCUACAGCUGCGGCGGCGGCUCCUCCGGCGGCGGCGGCGGGUCUUCUGGUCAGACUUACCAGUGCCAGAGCUACGGCGGAGGUUCCUCCGGAGGCGGCUCGGGUUGCGGCGGCGGCGGCGGCGGCGGCUCUUCCGGGGGCGGGUCUUCUGGUCAGGCUUACCAGUGCCAGAGCUACGGCGGCUCCUCCGGGGGCGGUUCCGGUUGCGGCGGCGGCCACUCUGGAGGUGGCGGCUCCGGCUGUGGCGGGGGCUCCUCUGGAGGCGGCGGCGGCGGCGGCCAGCAUUACCAGUGCCAGAGCUACGGCGGCGGCGGCUCCUCCGGGGGCGGUUCCGGUUGCGGCGGCGGCUCCUCCGGGGGCGGUUCCGGUUGCGGCGGCGGCUACUCAGGGGGCGGCGGCUCUAGCUGUGGCGGAGGCUCCUCUGGGGGCGGCGGCUCCUCUGGUCAGCAUUACCAGUGCCAGAGCUACGGCGGUUCUUCCGGGGGCGGUUCCGGUUGCGGCGGCGGCUACUCUGGAGGCGGCGGCUCGAGCUGUGGCGGCGGCGGCGGCGGCGGCUCCAGCUGUGGCGGCGGCGGCGGCGGCGGCGGCUCUAGCUGUGGCGGAGGCUCCUCUGGAGGCGGCGGCGGCGGCCAGCAUUACCAGUGCCAGAGCUCCGGCGGCGGCGGGGGCGGCUCCUCCGGCGGCGGUUCCGGUUGCGGCGGGUACUCCGGAGGCGGCUCCAGCUGCGGCGGGGGAUCCUCCGGGGGCGGCGGCUGCGGCGGCGGCUCCUCUGGGGGCGGAGGCGGCUCCAGCUGCGGAGGUGGCUCCUCUGGCGGCGGCGGCUCCUCCGGCGGUGGCAAGGGCGUCCCGGUCUGCCACCAGACCCAGCAGAAGCAGGCUCCUAGCUGGCCAUGCAAAUAAGGACCCCUGGAUGCCGCGGAGACACAGAAGUUGGAGAUGUUCUCCGUGGGCGCCCAUGGGCUUACUGUUCUCAUGAUACUGCUCAAAGUUUCCAAAUUUUUUCAUGUCUCUACCUACCUAGAAGAAGCCAUCGAAUUUUCAGACUGUAUCUCAUUCAGCAGUUUUUCCUUCUUGGUUUCUGUUUGACUACCUCCCAAUUCCUGUGCCUUUUCAAUAAA